AUGAGCGUCUCCGCGAGCGCCAGUUGGCACGACGAGAAGCCGCGCCACGCGAAAGACCUCGCGCGUGAGCUCGAGAGAAUUCGAAAGCGCGCUGGUGUGCCCACUAUCGAGGAUGUCGAGGAAUUUUACGACGUCGGCAAGUUCGCGGGGUUGGGCGAGAGCGUUCUUUCGAAGGCGCAUCGACGCGCGGCGCCGACUUUCGUCCACGGCGAGCACUUCCGCAGAAUCGUCGCCAAGACGCAUCGGGACAUGUUCGGCGCCGCGAGCAAAUCCACGGCGAGCAAGGGGACGCUUGUGAAACCGUUUUCGCCUAUCCGACCACCGUUAAAGGAAGGGACAUCGCGGAGUGCGAAUUCAUCAGGCGAUUCAGACUCGGACGAAAACGAAGCGUCGAUGUCGCUCGGCGCUUUGACGGUUAUCUUCGUCGUCAUCAUCCUGACGUUUCUCGCGCUCUUAAUCGGCGGCAUCAUCGUCUGCGACGUGUGCGCUGAAAAUUUCCGAGCGGUCACGACGACGUGA